GCAAUCCUCCAGUAGUAGAUAUUAUUACAUAUUAUCUUAUUCACAGUAUGAACUCAUGUAUAUUUAUUUAACGAUAAAGGAAUAGAUUAUCUAAUAAAUAUUCAUCACAAUAACGACUCGCUAAGUACCACUAAUGAUAAGAGCAAGCGGUGUAUACUCAACUCCUCAUCAUGAUUGAAUUAUUCACGAGCUCGGCACGAAACAAUGUUCCACACGUGGGGAUCACAGAUUUUUGGUCAAUCCGAAAAUUAUUUUUGCUAGAUUUUUAAGAGACUUGAGAGAGUACAUAUAUCUUGAAAAUACAGACACGACUGUACAGCGACUGUUUUUAUACCAUGGACAAAACUAAUACACUAAAAAUUACAAUUGUGGGGGAUGUGGCUGCAGGAAAAACGUGGUUGUGGCAAUCGUACUUUCAAAACCGGAAACCCCCGUACGUUCAAACCAUGUUUGACAAUUAUAGUACUUCUGUUUUGUACAAUGGACAAGAGGUGCUAAUUUCUUUAUUUGAGAUGUGUGGAGAUGAAGAGUACGCCGAGUUACGAAAAGUUAUUUAUCCUGGAACAAAUGUUGUCAUUUUGUGCAUAGCAGUAGAUAAUCCUGAAUCAGUUGCAAAAUCGGGAAACUUUGGCAGUCUUGAAAGGUGGUCGCUAGAAUUAAAGGACAAUUGUAAAGGAAUUCCCAUUGUCAUUGUGGGAACAAAAAAGGACUUAAGAGGUGAUCCAGUUGUACUUCGGCGACUCGGGGAAAAUAAGUUAAAGCCACUAAAAUACAAGGAUAUUAUUAAAGCUACCAAAAAGUUUAAGAACGCAAUCGCCUUGGAUUGUUCUUCUAUUUCAAAAGAUGGUGUUCAAGAUGUGUUCAAAGCUGUUGUUAAAUUGGGAUUACGAAAUAAAUCUUACAAUAAAUAAUUCACUCAGUUUAUAUACAAAAUAAA